AUGUUCAGUAAUCAAAAUCGAAGUUCCCCACUGAAUGAGUCGGAUGCAUCAUCAGAAGCAUCUGAUGAAACCUCACGUGCAACACCCAGAUCAAAUCAAGAUUCAUGGUAUGAUGUAAGAACAGUAAAUGACAGCGGUAGUGCUGGACAACAAAUACCAUCUUCAAAUAACAAAAAUAAUAGUGAUACAUAUGAUAAACGAUAUUUACAACAACAAGAAAAAGGUUCAGACAGAUCAAAUAUACCUCAUAUUCUUGAUGAAGAUCAAUAUUCUAUUCCAUCAACAGCUACCACGACAAGCGUAUUUGCAAGCAAUGCACCCGACAGAGUCUCGACAUCGACAACAAAUUCAAGUGCAGUAACGGUGGUAGCACGAGGAGGAAAUAACACUGGUGCUCCUCGAUCAGGAAGCAACAGAUCAGGAGCGAAUCAGCAACAACAAAGAGCCACACCCCAAACACAAGUUACAAAUGUAGAAUGGGUUAACCCGUACUGGGAGAAAAAUCGACAGCCAAGCAAAACUUCGCAAAACUCGUGGAAAAAUCCAUAUUGGCAGAAGAAUGAUACCAAGGAGCAAGAAAAUAAUGCCGUCAGCAGAAAUAAUCGUCCAUUUUCACAAAAUUCGCAACAAAAUACGCCAACCCGUUUAAUACCUGGUUCAAUACUGAUUAAUGAUCGUGGUGAAAUCGAUAAUUCACACGAUAAUGGAGAACCACAACUCUUUUCGUCUUCUCCAUCAAAUCGCAUUGAUUCAACCUCAAGUACUGGGACGUAUGCACCAGGAACUGUUUACAUUCCAAACGGUGGCUAUCUGGCACCAACUAUGCAUCGAAAAUCUAACAAUGGUCAAACAGCAUCUUUUCCUGAAUCAUCACAGCAAAAUUCAUCACAAAAAAGUUCAGCACAAUCACAGGAGCUGUAUGAUGCGCUGGCGAAUAAAAAUGACCAGUCGCUCAAAAAUCAAACACCGCAAAAUUCGACUACGUGGAGCAACCCAUACUGGAAUAAACCAGGUGAAUCAAAACAAACUACACCCUCAUUACAACCAACGGAUGAUAAACGAUCAAUUUCUAGCAAUAAGCAAGAAUCCUGGCAAAAUCCGUACUGGAAUGGAUCAUCGCCAAAACAAUCAUGGGAAAAUCCGUAUUGGAAGAAACAAUCACAACAAAAUCGCACUUCUACCUCAAACACACAGUCUUCUCCAAAGUGGACAAAUCCCUAUUGGUCAAAACAACUGGGGCAACCACAAAGUACUUAUCAAACAACUAGUUACCAUGAUGUUGUACUGAUGAACGCGUGGAUCGAAGAUAGUGUAAGCCCAUCAGAACAUCGAGUUCCCCCAAUCCCAUCAUUUUUUGAAAGAAUCUAUCCACCAUCUCAGCCAGGAGAGAAUAACAGAAAUAUUUCUACCCCUCAACAACAGCAACAACAACAACAACAGCAGCAGCAACAACAACAGCAACCACAACAACAGCAACAGCAGCAACCACAACAACAGCAACAGCAGCAACCACAACAACAGCACCCGCAGCAACAGCACCAGCAACAACAGCAGCAACAACAACAAUCGAGCGGACAGUCGAAUCUUUCCGAUGAUGAUCUUCCGUUCACAACUGAUAGUAAUGGGAUCAUCCGAUAUGAUGCAAGGCCCCGUAUGUUUGAUCCCACAACCCAAACGUAUUCGCCAGUGAUUAACGGAGCUCUUAAUGAAAACUUGUCAAGACCAAAGGAUGUAACUGAACAGAUGGCUGCUUCAUCGCCAUUAACCCACAUAGCAACAAAUGAUCAGCAGAACAGAAACGUUACAUUUGCUGCACAAAUGCCACCUCAUACAUACAAUUAUAAUAGUAACCAAUUACUCAAUAGCAAUAUUUUGACGGAAGAUGAUAUUGAGACAAUCCAAGGGGCACUCAAGUUAUUACAGUCUAAUCCAAAUGCGUUACCUGUAAUCAAUACUACAGCUCCCAGUUCCUCUGUUCCAGGAGUCGCUGGAACAUAUCCAGGUCAAUACCAGCCGACAGGCCCCACAAGACAAUACCAGCCGACGAGCCCCACAAGUCAAUACCAGCCGACGAGCUCCACAAGUCAAUACCAGCCGACGAGCCCCACACGCCAACACCAGCCGACAAGACCAGAACAAGCACAUGCAUCACCAAUUGUCUUAAUUUGA